CGGAUCAGUGGACACAGUAAGCCAUGGAGGAUCAGGGGACACAGUAAGCCAUGGAGGAUCAGGAGACUCAGGAGGCCAUGGAGGAUCAGGGGACACAGGGGGCCAUGAAGGGUCAGGAGUCUCAGGAGGCCAUGGCAGAUCAGGGGACUCAGGAGGCCAUGGAGGAUCAGGGGACACAGGAGGCCAUGGAGGAUCAGGGGACACAGGGGGCCAUGAAGGGUCAGGAGUCUCAGGAGGCCAUGGCAGAUCAGGGGAUUCAGGAGGCCAUGGAGGAUCAGGGGACACAGGAGGCCAUGGAUGAUCAGGGGACACAGGAGGCCAUGGAGGAUCAGGGGACACAGGGGGCCAUGAAGGGUCAGGAGUCUCAGGAGGCCAUGGCAGAUCAGGGGACUCAGGAAGCCAUGGAGGAUCAGGGGACACGGGGGCCAUGGAAGACCAGGGGACACAGGAGGCCAUGGAGGAUCAGGGGACACAGGGGGCCAUGAAGGGUCAGGAGUCUCAGGAGGCCAUGGCAGAUCAGGGGACUCAGGAGGCCAUGGAGGAUCAGGGGACACAGUAAGCCAUGGAGGAUCAGGGGACACAGGGGGCCAUGAAGGGUCAGGAGUCUCAGGAGGCCAUGGCAGAUCAGGGGACUCAGGAGGCCAUGGAGGAUCAGGGGACACAGUAAGCCAUGGAGGAUCAGGGGACACAGGGGGCCAUGGAGGAUCAGGGGACUCAGGGGGCCAUGGAGGAUCAGGGGACACAGGGGGCCAUGGAGGUUCAGGGGACUCAGGGGGCCAUGGAGGAUCAGGGGACUCAGGAGGCCAUG